AGGGAAGCUUGUGUGACUGCUCUUCGGACAACUGAAACUCACGUGCGUCGCGAUACUAACGACAUCCCAUCUGUUUAUUUUGUUUACUACUGGAGGGUCAACUGUUGGAUACUUACUCGAUUUGGAAAAUACGAGGAUUGUUCUUCUAGUUUAUAUUUACUCUUUCGCGUGUGAAUGUGCAUAUAGGUAUAUCGGAAAAGGAUAUAGAUACAUAAUAUAUUUCUUAGAACAAGGACUCGCUGUGCAAUAUUGCGUGCAAUAAGGUAGUGUCCUGGGAUGUUGCAGAUAUAUCGUACGCUCCAUGGGGUUGAAGAUGAAGUACUUCGCAGCGGGUCAUCGUGAAUCGUACACGCUGAUUGCUAGGAAGCGGUACAUGAAGAAGCUAAGGCAACAUCAGUCCACGGCCUCCGCUACCGGAGGUACCACCACGUGGCACGGCGCCAGUUUGGGUUCGGUACCGCCAACCUCUCCAUCAUGCGACACCCCCGAGCGACUUAAAGGCGCCACUUGUGACCUGUUCGAGCUUUUGGAAAAAGCCCAAAGGUCCAGAAUUGACGAUCAGAGAUGUAUGCUGCCGGCGUAUUUUAACCAGCCUCCGCCAGUUCAACGACAACUCACCACCGGUUCUAUCCCUAAGGAGCACUUGGAAGGCAAGGACGAACUACGAUUUAAUCAUAACAACAAUGUCAAAAUAUCUCCAGCUGGUUCACCGUACCCGUUGGUCGGUAGUACUCCCCCGCUAUCACCCCAACAACCUCCGCAGGCAAGGCGAUUGCUUCAGGAGACUUUGGCUAAACCUGGACCGUAUCCCAUGAUAGCUGGACCUCCUAAAGGUUAUUGGGUGGAUGGUACCGAUCACGAGGAACAGUUUGACCACAGAGGAUUACCGAUAAUACCCCACCAGACUUGGCGAGCGAAAAUCGAGACAGAUGACACGGCGAAAUACUACAGAAGGUUUUUCGUGGGCAGGGAACAUUCUAACCUUAUCGGCACCGACGAACAUCUUGGCCCUGUCCUGCUCUCCAUCAAGACCGAGAACGUAGCUCAACAGGAACACACUCGAAUCCUGCUCCGCCUACGGCCGGGAACCAAACACGAGAUAGUACCGUCGGCAUAUCUCGGACCGAACCCCAGUCCCUCUCGCAUGGCAAAAUUGCUAAACGACGAACUCAACGUCGACAAUUUUGCACCGGUGCUACAUCCGAAGUCCUCUCAGUUGAUUGCCACGUACGACGAGCACGUGUUAGUGACCAAUUUCAAGUUCGGAGUGCUGUACCAGCAAUAUGGGCAGACGACCGAAGAGGAAUUGUUUUGUAACAACGUGACCAGUCCGGCUUUGGACGAAUUUUUGAAUUUGUUGGGGCAGAGGAUCCAGCUGAAAGAUCACAAGGGGUAUAGAGGUGGAUUGGAUAUUCAGAACGGACAUACGGGAGAUAUGGCAGUAUAUGAAAUUUUUAAAGAACGAGAAAUAAUGUUUCACGUAUCAACGUUGUUACCCUACACCGACAAUGAUCCUCAGCAGUUGCAAAGAAAAAGACAUAUCGGCAAUGACAUCGUUGCUGUGGUGUUUCAGGAAGAAAACACUCCGUUCUGUCCUGACAUGAUCGCGUCGCAUUUUCUGCACGCUUUUAUCGUGGUGCAAGUGUUGGAACCAAAUACUCCAAAUACUAGAUACAAGGUGAGCGUGACAGCCCGAGAUGACGUACCUUUCUUCGGACCAACCCUCCCUACGCCGGCCAUCUUUCGUCAUGGACCGGAGUUUAAAGAAUUCCUGCUCACCAAACUGAUCAAUGCUGAAAACGCCUGUUAUAAAGCUGAGAAGUUCGCCAAAUUGGAACUGCGAACGAGGACAUCGUUAUUGCAGAGUCUCACCGAUGAACUAAAGGAAAAAACAGCGGAAUUUUUGGGAGGUAGCCAACUGGCCGCUCCGGGUACCCCCAAAGGAGAAUCGGGUCCAGGAGCGCGAUUCAUAGACACGGUGAAGAAGGCCUGGAGCGCAGCCAAGGUCAAAACUAGUCAGAGCGACAACAAUUUGGGUCCCGGCGGCAAUCACGAGAAAUUGGGCAAAAAAGGAAGUCAGCCUCCAAUCUCGGAGUCGACACCGUCGAGUGGAAGAUCAAUAUCAAAAUCGUCGAUCGUAUCGAACUCAAAGAAAUCGGGUAGUACCGCAAGUGGAAGGUCUUCAACGGCGUCUUCACCAGAUUUAACAGCGCAUGCGCCUCCUAGUGGUGGUCAUCCGGCGCUCAGCGAAGCUAGUGACGAUUCCUCUCUCACCUCGGAGGAUUUGGAACACCUGGCUGGAGGAUAUGUAGAUAGCGAUACUGGUCUGGAGUCUAUGUCUUCUGCGGAGACGGCAGCCAAGGCCUGCAGCGUGUGCCAGGAGAGGCCGGACAGCGAGUCACACGGCCAAGUGGGAGGGGGAUCUCAGCAGGAUAUGCUGGCCCAGGAGGUGACCAGGCUCAAAUGCGACAAAUUGGAUCUACUCAGACAGAAUGUGAGUUGCCAGAGGGACAUAAAGCGUCUACGAGAAAAGGAACUCGUACUUCAAGGUGAACUGGCACAGGCGCACAAGGAAAUCUUAAGGCUACGGGAACUUCUAAAAGAUUAGAAGAAACUCUCCGAACCCUUCUUUUCUUUACCUGAUUAUAAUUCGCUUAAGUUGUUAGAUUAACUCAAUCCCAAUGUGCGGCAAGCAAAAUCCCAAUAUCACAAUCAAAGCUUUUAUUUAGAGUAGUUUAGUUACACACAAAGACUUCUUGAGCAAACACCUGUAUUGUUUUUUUUUUAACCACGAGUUACUUCAAAAUAUGUUUUGUCCCAGUUACCAAAAAGAAAAUCAAUCAAAUUGUUGGUAUUAUAAAUAUAUAUUAGAAGAAUAAUGUGGAGUAAUAAAGGAAAACAUAUAUCAGUGAAAUAACUUUUAGUAAAAUUGGUGUACUUACUACUAAUACUACUACAACUAUUACUAUUCAAAAAUAAUUUAAUAGAAUAUUAAAACAAAACUACGUCAACAUUAGUACAUAUUUUCACACAAUAUCAUUAUUCAGGACCACAUUUUAUCUAACAUCACAAUAUAUUUUAUUUGUAUGUGCUUGUGAUAUUUUUCUUUAAAUGUUUUGACAGUUUUGAGUUUCGUGUCCUUUUCUCUUUCUUUACUUCGUAGAAUUUAGUUUGUAGUUAUUUAUUAAUCUAAUUUACAUUGUAUCUCAUUCUUUAGUUCACUUAUAUUUACAUUUAACCCAAUAAUUGCAAUAAACCAUAAACCAAUUCCAGAAAGAAAAAAAUAAUCUUUAGAAUUAACUAGUUUUAUUUUCACAAUAAUUAAAAUUGAGAUACAAUGUAACUAAAAGUAUGUACAUUAUUAAAUUUUUACCAUUACCUUAAUUAUACCAAAGCUUACAUUCCCAAAAUAUUUUUUUUUUCAGAAAUAAAAGUUUAUUUACUGAAUGUAUAUUACAAAGUAUUUAUUAGGUUUUAAGUUGGACGUUGUAAUAAAAAAAAGUUUUCUUUUUCCUAAGUAUUAUACGUUAAAAGGAGUUUGAUUUUUGUUUAAUAAAAUUAUUCAAUUACUUUAUAAUUUUAUAUGUACAACUGCAAUAUGUAUUAAUACUAGUAUUAAAAAUUUAAGUUUGAAGAUGUGUUGGUUAAGUUGGUUCUAUAUUUUUUGUAUAUUAAAAGCAAUUUCUUGUCAUCUGUGCUAAAUAAAAAAAUAAGUAUAGCCACCAUACCAUCACAUUAUUAUUUGUAAAUAUUUUUCUCACUUUGUUCUUCGAAGGAAGACCAUCUAUAUUCAUUUUUUAGAAACUAAAUUUUCGAAAAAAAUCAACUGAAGGCCUUUUCUAUGUAGGAAAAUAAAAAUUCUAUUCUGUUAAAAUUUUCAGAUAUUUAGAAAAAUCGUAUAUAUCAUUAUAUAUGUAUGUGUAAGAGUAGAUAACUAAAGCAAAUUUAAUUUCAGUUAGAAGAAUAGUCAAAUAUCUUCUUUAUGUAAAAUUUUAUGUAUUAUGGCGUUUUUUUGGAAAAAAAAUAGUCUUCAACACUUAUUUCAGAAUUUGUUAAUGUUUUAAUCGUCAGAUAAUAAUUAGUCGAAUAACAUAUAACCCAUAUGAUUUUAUUUAAUUAAUGAAUGGUUGUUGUUUUUGGCGAUUAAAUUACAGAAUAUUUUUUUUGUUAUUUCUUAGCUUGUAUUCGAGUCCUACUAUGUAAGGAUUUUUUUUUCUACAUAAUACUACUCAUAUUUUUUGUACAUUUUUUUUCAUUUGUUUUGACAUUUCAAAAGUUCUAAUAAAAAUCUUAAUGUGU